AUGACCUCUAGAGCUCUGGGAGUUCCAACCAUUGAUCUUUCAGUGGACAGGAGUAUAGUGUCCCAACAAAUUGUUAUAGCUUGCGAAGAAUAUGGUUUCUUCAGGCUCAUCAACCACGGGGUUUCUAAUGCAAUCAUCUCAAGAGUUGAAGAAGAAAGUUUCAGGUUUUUCGCAAAGCCAGGAUCUGAGAAACAACAAGCUGGACCUCCGAAUCCUUUGGGGUAUGGUUGCCGAACUAUUGGCUUGCAGGGAGAUACGGGUGAACUCGAAUAUCUCUUGCUUCCGGCCGCUAAUCCACCAUCAGUCUCCCAAAGUUCCAAACUGAUCUCAAAUAAUGACCUCCAAAUAAUUAGUUGUGUUGUAAAUGAAUAUGUACAAGCUGUAAGAAGGCUCACAUGUGAUAUUCUUGACCUUGUGGCCGAAGGCUUAUGUCUUGGAGACAACUUCGUACUAAGUAGGCUCAUAAACAAUGUGGAAAGCGAUGCUGUUUUUCGGGUCAAUCAUUAUCCUCCCCUUGAUCAAACUGCAAAGGCCUUCAUUCCAGCUCCCAAGUUUAUAUUGCAAGAUGAUAAAAUUGCCAAUAAUGGUGAUCAUCCUUCUCGGGUAGGACUCGGAGAGCAUUCGGACCCUCAAAUCUUGACAAUUAUGCGUUCCAACGAUGUUGGCGGAUUCCAAAUUUUUUCACAUGAUGGACUUUGGAUCUCUAUUCCUCCUAACCCUACCGAAUUUUGUGUGAUUGUUGGCGACACAUUUCAGGCUUUGACAAAUGAUAGGUUCAAGAGUGCGAGACACAGAGUAAUGGAGAACUUUAAUGAUAAGCCGAGACUGUCUAUGAUGUACUUCGGUGCACCGUCCCUCGACGCAACAAUCUGUCCUAUACCACGGAUGGUAUCGUCUUUGAUUCACUACAGGCCCUUCACUUGGCGUGAACUAAAGAAAGCUGCAUACUCUCAGCGCCUGGCUGAUCGUCGUCUUGAUCUGUUCAAGUAUAAUCACAAUCAAAACAAUGAAAAAAAGAAGUGUUAAUCAAGUUCACCGGAGCACGGAACUAGCACGGAUACAAUGCAGAAGAUACAUUUAUCAGGCCCAGGUGAAUUUGUGCAUAUAGGUUGAUUAGAGGGAGGAUUAUGA